AUUAAGUCUAAGAAAAGGCUGCUAUAUUUGGAAUCCACUGCUUCUAAAAUGAGUCACUCUGGGGACAGAGAGGAGGGGACCACUGCCUCUAAAAGGAGCCUUCUUGAGGGAACCACUGCCUCUAAAAGGAGCCUUCUUGAGGGAACCACUGCCUCUGAAAGGAAGAGACGCAGGGUCCAUCCAGAGAGACCAGACUCCCCUGUCCCCAGCUGUGUGUCCAUGAAGAGUGAUAACUCGAUGGAACUGCCAGUAUCAUUCGGAGAGGGUGACUUGUCCUCUCAUCAAGGGCGUGUUCAGCAUGAGAAAUCAACACAGAUAAAAUUUCAGACUGUUCUGAGACCCCAUCAAUACAUAAAGACUAAACUGAGACUGAAGUAUCAACACCUAUCUGAAGGACACCAAGGAAAAAGAACUCUUGUGAAGGACAUUUACACAGAUCUCUACAUCACAGAGGGUGGAAGUGGAUGGAUCAAUGAAGAACAUGAAGUAAGACAGAUCGAGAUGGCAUUCAAAAGAGAAAACACACAAGAGACAAUAAUCAAAUGCAACGACAUCUUCAAGCCAGUAAACCAACAGCAGUGGGAUAAUACCAAAUUGAGAGGUUUGAGAAACCUGACAAAAGGAAUUGCUGGCAUUGGAAAAACAGUGACUGUGCAGAAGGUCAUCCUUGACUGGGCAGAGGGAGAAGCCAAUCAGGACAUUGAUUUCUUGUUUCCUCUUCCUUUCCGUGAUCUGAACCUAAUAAAGGGCCAAUACAGUCUGAUGCAACUUCUUUUGCUCUACUUCCCAGAGCUGAAAAAGACUGACAGCGUUGGAUAUAUUGAAACCAAAACUGUUUUCAUUUUGGAUGGUCUCGAUGAGUAUCGACUUCCCCUUGACUUCAAAAACAAUCAGAAGUGCUACGAUGUCACAGAAUCAAAUUCAGUGGACGUUUUGCUGACAAACCUCAUUGAAGGGAAUAUGUUUCCAUCUGCUCUCCUCUGGAUAACCACCCGACCAGCAGCAGCCAAUCAGAUCCCUCCAGAGUGUGUUGACCAGGUGACAGAGAUACGAGGCUUUAAUGAGGCACAAAAGGAAGAGUACUUAAGAAAGAAAAUCACAAAUCCUAAUCUGGCCAACAACAUCAUCAAACACAUAAAAUCAUCUAGAACCCUUCACAUCAUGUGCCACAUACCAGUCUUCUGUUGGAUAUCAGCCACUGUCCUUGAGAUGAUGCUGAAACAAGAAGAGAAGGAUGAAAUUCCCAAUACUCUGAUCCAAAUGUACUCACACUUCCUACGCAUUCAAACCAGUGUGAAGAACAAGUACAACAAAGCCACAGAGACAAACCCAAAGGAACCCUCUCAGACAGACAAAGAAAUUAUCCUGAAGCUCUCAAAUCUGGCUUUCCAACAGCUGCAAAAGGGCAACCUGAUCUUCUAUGAGGAGGACCUACAGGAAUGUGGCAUUGAUGUGACAGAGGCUUCAGGGUACUCAGCAUUGUGUACAGAGAUCUUUAUAGAAGAAUGUGGGUUGUACCACGAGAAAGUCUUCAGCUUUGUUCAUUUGAGCCUUCAGGAGUUUCUAGCAGCAGUACAUGCUCUAGAAUCUUGUCUGGGCAAAGAGGAACAUGUUUUUGCCCCCAAAGCUGUCACUCAAUCCCCAUUCCACUGUGAUGAUGUUGAGGAUAAUGAUGAUGGUGAUGAUGUUGAAGUGAGGAAGUCAGACAAGUUAUACAACUUAUACAGGAGAGCAGUGGACCAGGCCUUGAUGAGUAAGAAUGGACACCUGGACUUGUUCCUCCGCUUCCUUAUGGGUCUCUCACUGAAGUUCAAUCAGGAUCUCUUAAAAGGCCUUCUGACACAGGCAGGAAGUACAACACAGCAAAAUAUGGAAACCUUAAAGAGAACAGAGAAGUACCUGUCAGACAAGAUCAAGAAGGAAUCCUCACCAGAAAGAACUAUCAACUUAUUCCACUGUCUCAAUGAACUUGGUGCCAACUCUCUUGUUGAAAACAUGCAGAUCACCCUACGAUCAGGAAUUCUUUCAGAAGCAAAACUACAACCUCACCAAUGUUCAGCCCUGACCUAUCUGUUACUAAUGUCAGAGGAUGUCCUGGAGGAGUUUGACUUGAAGAGAUACAACAGAUCAGCGGAAGGUUAUCAGAGGUUCUUACCGGUAGUGAAAAACUGCAAGAGAGCAUUACUGAGUAGCUGUAAUCUCAACUACGAAUCAUGUAAAACGCUGGGCUUAGCUCUGCAGACAUCGAACUGCCCUCUGAAAGAACUGGACAUCAGCUACAAUCACCUGGAAGACAGAGGGGUGGAACUGCUUUGUGCCGGACUAACCAGUCCAAUCUGCAACAUACAGACACUUGUCUUGGCUCGGUGUAAACUCACAUAUAAAUCCUGUGAGACUCUGAUCUCAGCUCUACGGACACCAAACUGCCUCCUGAGAGACCUGAUUCUCAGCUACAAUCACCUGGAAGACAGAGGAGUCAAACUGCUCUGUGCUGGACCAACCACUCCAAUCUUCAACAUACGGACACUUGAUCUAGGUCAUUGUGGUCUAACAGAGGAUUGCUGUUCAUAUCUGGCCUCAGUCCUGUGUUCCCCAAACUCACAUAUGAAAAAACUGGAGCUGAGAGACAAUGACCUGAAAGAUGCAGGUGUGACUCUGCUCUCUACUGGAAUGGAGGAUCCAAACUGUAAACUACAUGCACUGGGGCUGUCUGGCUGUCUGGUCACAGAGGAAGGCUGUGCUGCCUUGGCUUCAGCUCUGAGGUCAAAUCCCUUUAACCUGAGGGAGCUGGACCUGAGCUACAAUUACCCAGGAGACUCAGGAGUGAAGCUGCUCUCUGCUGGACUGGACAAUCUACAAUGGAGACCGGAGAAACUCAGUAUGGACCACUGUGAAAAUGACAGGCUGAAAUCAGGACCCCGGAAAUAUGCCUGUGAUCUCACACUGGACCUUAACACUGCAUACACCCACCUCUCUGUGUCUGAGGAGAACAGGAAGAUGACUUUUGCCGAGUUGCAGCCGUAUCCUGUCCACACAGAGAGAUUUGACUACUGGAACCAGGUGCUGUGUAGUGAGGGUCUAACUGGACGCUGUUACUGGGAGGUAGAGAGGAAUGGAGAGGUUGUGAUUGCAGUGGCGUAUAAAGGAAUCAGCAGGAAAGGAAAGGAUGAUGACAGUCGGCUUGGAUACAAUGACAAGUCCUGGGGUCUGGACUUCUAUGAUAACAGGUGCUUUGCCUAUCACCACAGUAAGAAAACGUCCAUACCUGACCCCGCCUCGUCUCCCUGGCCCAACAGAGUAGGAGUGUAUCUGGACUGGCCUGCCGGCACUCUGUCCUUCUACAGCAUCUCGUCUGACACACUUAGCCACAUACACACAUUCCACUGUACCUUUACUGAGCCACUCUAUCCAGGGUUUUGGGUUGGGUCAGACUCCUCAGUGUCUCUGUGUCAGGUAAAAUAGCCACCUGAAUCUUCAGGAAAUCACACUCCAGUUCAAACCCAUCUUAGAGACUUAAUGGAAUAGGUUACACUCUAACGGUGACAGGCAUAUGGAAACCGCCCCUCCCUGACUUUAGGCAAUGUUCAAACACAACAUCCCUACUCUUCAUUCUAUCACCUAAAUGAUUAGUCUUCAUGAGGCACAUAAAAUAUUAACAAGCUACAUUCUAGCUCAAAUUGUAUUUUUACAGGUUCCUGAACUUCCCUCCCUCAGUUGCUCUUCUCAACAGGAUAAUCAUCUGCUCUAAAUAUUUUUUAUACUUCUAUGUGCAUUCAUAUUUAUUUUCAACAAAGCAAUUUGCAAGCCAAAUGUACUGUCUCUUUAAUCUGGGCGGUGCCACAUGAGCUGGCUGUUCAGACUCAGUAUUACGCAUAGACAUAAUAAAGAGUAGACGCCGCAUCGACCGCUACUUCCUACUGGCGCCGACGAGCCGUGGGGCCGCCAUCUUGGACCGGUCAGCCGCUCCACUCAGUGUAAUCUGUUUUGGCAGGUGAAAUGAGCUGUCAGCGCAUUUAAUCAUACCUCAGUGAAUACCAUACUGAUUUUCACGCAGUAUUUUUGCUGCAUAGGUCAUACAUGCAGCUAUGAUACAGGACACAUGGUUCAGGGUAUUUUAAUAUUCAUAGUGGGCUUAACAGUAAUAUAAUUUUCUGAUAUAUGAUAUAAAGUGACCAGACAUCCGAGAUCAAAACUGGGAACAUUAUCCCCAAAAAGGGAGAAAAACAGGGACAUUUCCAGUUUGACUAUCAUUCUGAUUGAUACACCUAAUGUGUAAAUAG